AUGUUAUAUCUUGAAGGUGUCUGGAGUGGAGAGUGGAGGGUGACUUUCAAAGACCACUGUGCAUUGAAAGGGACAUCAAUAGUUAUAAAGUGCGAGUACGACUACCCUUUUGCUCAUAUUGUCACUUCAACAACAUGGUUGAAAGCUCGGCUGGUAUCUAGCAAUUGGGAGCUGUUUCCCCUCCCCACAGACCGCUUUACAUAUGUGGGCAACUCCAGGGGAGACUGCAGCCUGAAGAUCAGUGAUGUACAGCACACUGACAAAGGAGCAUACUUUUUUAGUUUUGUGACAACGUUGAACAGAUGGCGUAGUAGAACAUUUGCUCAGUUGUCUGUAAAAGAGUUGACCACUCUUGUGGAGCCAGGCACUGUGACAGAGGGAAAAGAUGUCCGCCUGACCUGUGUGUCAGAUUGUCCUACACCUACAAGCAUUGUCUGGUUUAGGGAUGGACAGCUUGUCCCAAAACCAACCUUCCAGGCCACAAAAGAGGAUGCAGGCAGUUACUACUGUGCCGUCCUGGGACAAGAAACAGCCAGAUCUUCUUCUGUGGUUCUGAAUGUUCAAUAUGCUCCCAAAAAAGUCACGUUGUUGGUGAGCCCAUCAGCAGAUGUCAUCAGAGGACGCUCAGUCACUUUCACCUGCAGCAGUGACGCCAACCCAUCUGUGACACAAAGUGGAUACCGCCUGUAUAAGGUUGGACAGUUUAUCAGUUCAGGCCUCAGUCAUACCAUCUCUGACAUCCAGCCCAGCCACAGCGGACUGUACCACUGCCAGGCCUGGAACAAUAUCAGCUGGAGAGGAGUUGACCGGUUUAACUCUACUGGGCUUUACAUCAACGUCCAGUACCGUCCGAUGAACAUUACCAUUUCAGUGGAUCCACCACAUGUAGUUGAAGGCGGCAGUGUGAAUCUGACCUGCAGCAGUGCAGCUAACCCUGCAGCACACGCCUACACCUGGUACAAGAAGUCAGAUUCUCCCAGCUCCAGCUCCCCGCUCGUCAUGGGCUCAGGGCAGGUGCUGUCUCUUCCUUCUAUGCAGGCAUCUGACACUGGACUGUACCUGUGCCAGGCCAGGAACGGCUCCGCUGUGUCCUUGGUGGUGAGGAGAUGA